AUGUCCUCCUUAAUACAAAAAUGUAACGAUGAUAAUAUCCCUCUGGCUGAUGACGAUCCACAAGUUAUAAUAACUGAUGAUGUAGAUAAUCGUUUGGACCAUGGAAGGUCGAUGGAUUCUCUUCCAAGUUCCUAUACAGGAGGUUCUUCAAGCCCUGGAUUAAAUGGACCUGCCAGUUUUGAACCAGAUUCCGGCAUCGAUGAACAGGAAGAAAAAGCGCGCUUGAUAUCCCAGGUUUUAGAACUACAAAAUACUUUGGAUGAUUUGUCCCAAAGAGUGGAUUCAGUGAAAGAAGAAAAUUUAAAGUUACGCUCAGAAAACCAGGUCUUGGGCCAAUACAUAGAAAAUUUAAUGUCGGCAUCAUCAGUUUUUCAGUCUACCACACCUAAUGUACAUAAGAAG